CCCUGAGCUCGUCCCGGACGCGCGCCCGGGCGGCGGGGCUCCGCGGCCGCCGCUGCCUCGGGGGAGCGAGGGCGGAGGGUGUGUGUGCGCGCGUGUGAGCAGGGCGCCGGCGGGGCUGCAGCGAGGCACUUCGGAAGAAUGACUCUGGAGUCCAUCAUGGCGUGCUGCCUGAGCGAGGAGGCCAAGGAAGCCCGGAGGAUCAACGACGAGAUCGAGCGGCAGCUGCGCAGGGACAAGCGCGACGCCCGCCGGGAGCUCAAGCUGCUGCUGCUGGGGACAGGAGAGAGUGGCAAGAGCACCUUCAUCAAGCAGAUGAGGAUCAUCCAUGGGUCGGGAUACUCCGAUGAAGACAAGAGGGGCUUUACCAAACUGGUGUAUCAGAACAUCUUCACAGCCAUGCAGGCCAUGAUCAGAGCUAUGGACACUCUCAAGAUACCAUACAAGUAUGAACACAAUAAGGCUCAUGCACAAUUAGUCCGAGAGGUUGACGUGGAAAAGGUGUCUGCUUUUGAGAAUCCAUAUGUAGAUGCAAUAAAGAGCUUGUGGAAUGAUCCUGGAAUCCAGGAGUGCUAUGAUAGACGACGAGAAUAUCAGUUAUCUGACUCCACCAAAUACUAUCUAAACGACUUGGACCGUGUAGCCGACCCUUCCUAUCUGCCUACACAGCAAGAUGUGCUUAGAGUUCGAGUCCCCACCACAGGAAUCAUCGAAUACCCCUUUGACUUACAAAGUGUCAUUUUCAGAAUGGUUGAUGUAGGGGGCCAAAGGUCAGAGAGAAGAAAAUGGAUACACUGCUUUGAAAAUGUAACCUCGAUCAUGUUUCUAGUAGCGCUUAGCGAAUACGAUCAAGUUCUUGUGGAGUCAGACAAUGAGAACCGAAUGGAGGAGAGCAAAGCACUCUUUAGAACAAUUAUCACAUAUCCUUGGUUCCAGAACUCCUCUGUUAUUUUGUUCUUAAACAAGAAAGAUCUUCUAGAGGAGAAAAUUAUGUAUUCCCACCUAGUCGACUACUUCCCAGAAUAUGAUGGACCCCAGAGAGAUGCCCAGGCCGCUCGAGAAUUCAUCCUGAAGAUGUUCGUGGACCUGAACCCUGACAGUGACAAGAUUAUCUACUCCCACUUCACAUGCGCCACAGAUACUGAGAACAUCCGCUUCGUCUUCGCUGCCGUCAAGGACACCAUCCUGCAGCUGAACCUGAAGGAGUAUAAUCUGGUCUAACCGUGCCUCCCAGAACCCAUUCUUCCCUUCCCUGUGGGCUGUUGAAGAUAACCAAGAAGGACUGUAUUCUGUGGGAAACAAUUUGCAUAAUACUAAUUUAUUGCCGUCCUGGACUCUGUGAGCGUGUCCACAGAGCUGUAGUAAAUAUUAUGAUUUUAUUUAAACUAUUUGGAGGAAAACAGAAUGCUGAAGUACAGUCCCAGCACAUUUCCUCUCUUGUUUUUAGGCAGACCUUGAGACCGGUGUAUUUGAAAUUUUCACUCAUUCACUCACAGUAUAAAAGCACUCCUGUCACAUGUGUUCUCUCUCUCUCUCUCUCUCUCUCUCUCUCUCUCUCUCUCUCUCUCUCUCUCUCUCCCUCUCCCUCUCCC